AUGUUCAAUGUCCCAUAUCAACGAUUAAGAAGGCGACUUAGUGGUCCCUCGUCUGGAUCAGUGCGGCUACGAGCGUUUCAGAGACGACGUGCCGAACAAACUCGGCUAGAAGGGGAACGGCUAGCUCGCGAGCGUCGACAGCAGCUUAAACGUGAAAAGUACGAAAGUCAGAAACAGGCAAGAGAAGAACUGGCUUCAUACGAGCCAUGGGGUCGAGCUGGUGGAGGCGCCCCCAAUGUUCAGGGAAAUCGCUUUUCCGAUAUUCGCGCCGCAGGUAUCUACCCAGACGAUGAACUAAAGGGUAUUUCUCUACACGAGACAUGCCAACGGUGGUCAUCACCACAAAGACGGCAGCGUCGUGCACACUUACGUCUUCACGAGGACCCUCAACUUUGCUACGCCGAAAUCCUGAGACGAUCAGUAGAAAAUGACAUCAGAUACAGACAAACACCGGAACAACAGCAAGCCUAUAAACAAAUGCUAGAUGAAUUAGUUAACGAAAGACAAAAAGUUAUUAAAGAUGAGAUCAGAAAGAAUUUGGAAUAUGAACGCAAAAUGCACUCAAUCGAAGGACCUUGGGGCAAGCCAGGUCCAGGUGGCACGAUUUGGAGGAAUCCACGUAAUAUUGGAUUAAACUUUUCAAAGUCCAUGGGCUGGACAGAUAACGAAAUAUUCAACGACAUGAAAGGAGACCAUAGACGCCUAAAAAGAUCUUCACUUACUUUGCCAAACGUAAAGAGAGCUGAUGAUUAUAAAAAACUGACAUCUAAAGAGCAAAGUGACAAGUUGCCAAAUAUCAAUCUGUCAAAUCGUUCCCAAGAGGAACGAAUUGAGCGGGAAAAGGAGCUAAUACAAUGCUAUGGUAAAAAGAAAAAGAAAUUAGUGAAAAGACUACCAAACGUCGAUCGGUUACCGAGAGCUGAGGAUAAAAAUGUGAAGUUGACACCUGAAGAAACAAUUUUGCGUUUGACCGGUGGCAUAGAAUUAGUGCCGCUUUUGGCGCGACGAAGACGAGUGGGCGCCCGAACUCUGCCCUCGAGUGACGUCACGCGACCUCCGGAGGAGAAAUGCCAAUGGCGUGAAAUAUCGACGGAUGAUUAUUUGAGGCAAUUAAAGCAACAAAUGCGAGUGAAAUGUUUACAGAAGGAAGAGAAUCGACGUAACUCAGCGGAGAGCGUGAAACAGCAUCAUGCUACUUGGGCAUCUCUAUGGGGCCGUCCGGGGCAUGGGGCACCCCAACAGCGCGGUAGAUAUGCGCGGAGCAACCUUGCUCAAUUGCUGUAUGUCGCACCCUUCAAUGACUACAUAGAAAACGUAUAA